AUGGUGGCCACAUCAAUUAUUGCAGAAUUGUGCAUUUAUAUUUUAACCUGGAAUGUGGGUACCAAUUAUCCCGAAGAUGUCAAUUUAACGGAGAUGCUUGCCCUGAACGGCACCUCUAUGUGCCCAGGGGAAAAUAAACGUCCCGAUCUCUAUGUGUUGGGCUUCCAGGAGGUCAAUGUUAAGCCUAAAAAUCAAUUUCUGAAUAUAUUCCAAGAUAAUCAAUGGACUCUGAAGGUACGAGAAUUUCUCUCCGAUCAGGAUUAUGUCAAAAUUGAAACGGCCCAGCUGCAGGGUAUAUUGAUAAAUGUGUGGUCAUUGGGAAAACACAUAAGCAAUAUCAACAACAUUGAAACGGAAACCACCAAGGUGGGUCUGGGUGGCCUCUGGGGUAAUAAAGGUGCUGCCAGUGUACGCAUGAGCCUUUAUGGUAGUGGUGUCACCUUUGUGGUGGCCCAUUUGGCGGCCCACGAUGAGCACCUAAAGGAACGUGUCAUCGAUUACAAUCAAAUCUUGGAUAAUCACCAUUACAAAGUGCGUAACUAUCGUACCAUCUUUGAUCAUGAUUUUGUCUUUUGGUUUGGUGACCUGAAUUUCCGUCUAAACGGCCACGAUACACCCGAAGAGGUAAAGGCAGAAAUUGAAUUGGGCCAUCUGGAUGAUCUCUUUACCCGUGAUCAAUUGCAAAUGGUCCGCGAGGCGGGUAAUGCAUUUUCAUUAAUGACUGAACAGAAACCAACAUUCCGACCCACCUUCAAAUACACCGAAGGUACAUCUGAAUAUGAUUUGAAACGUCGUCCGGCAUGGUGUGAUCGUAUUCUAUAUCGUGUGGAGGAAAAUAAAUAUCCUGAUAUAAAAUUGGAAUUACAACAGCUGUCGUAUAAAUCACAUCCACAAUAUACGCUGUCCGAUCAUAAACCAGUUACGGCAGAGUUUCUGCUUUCGAUAAAGGCGGAGCAUCAGACAUCCGAGGAUAUUUAUGAAAUGACACAUGGCGGUAGUGGCGGCAGUUCGGAAACACCAUUAUCAAGUGUAAUUAUAAUUUGCAUAUCUUUAUAUGUAUUGAUAUUUUAA